AUGUCUGAUGAUGAAAACACAGAGGAACCAGAACUGAAUGGCUAUAGUGAAGAUGCUGAGCAGGGAGUCUCAGAUAUUACUGGCACUUUAUUGGAGGACUCCAGCCCAGGAAAGAGCACUUAGCAGGUUUAUUUAGAAGAGUUAGCGGAAAGUACUCUUGCUGUUGGAAAAGAUAUAUCUGAAACCAUAAUACUGGAAACAAUGGAAAAGGAUGAUUUAGUGAACAAUGAAGAUCAAGAAUAGACCAAUCAUGGGUACAGCAGCAUCAACGACUUUGUAGAAGAUGAACCUGUUGCGGAAACAAGCACUUCCCCAUCUAAUAUUAAUAGUAGAUCACUGAUAGAAAUGAAUGACACGUGCAUUGACUACAGUGAUGAAUCAAUUGAUAGUAAAAGUGAAGUCAUAGACUUGCUGGAUGAAGUCAUUAUGAGCGCUGAUCAUCAAUGCUCUGCUCAUACAGAUGAGCAAUAAGCUAAUGAAAAGAGUUUGUCGAAAAUUAAGGACACUAUGGUGGAGGAAGACCUUUCGGAAGCUCAAAAUUAUGCUUUGGAGUCAGUUUCACAAUUGAACCACAAUGACAGUGACAGCAAUGAGAUUUUAAAUACUGAUGUAAUGACAUCCUAGAAAGAUGUAAACACAGAGAACAAAAAUGAAGGAAGUGAUCUCGACAGUGAUGCUGAAGAGAUGGACCAGGAUGAAAUAGGCAAAGAUGAGAAAGACGAAGCAGACCAAACCAAAGCCAAAAGUCUGAAUGAGAGGUCUUAUGAUGAUUCAAACAUGCAUCAGCAAGACACCGUGAAAACUGACGACGAGGAAAGUGAUGGAAUCAAUUAUACAGAACUGAAGGAAGAUAUUGUUCCCUCUGAAACCAAGGAAGCUCAUCACAGGCCUUUGCAGAGAGAAACAGAAGUCAUAACUGAUGAAGAUCCUACAAAGUCACAAGAACAGACUGAAAACACAGAGACUGAUGCAGAUCAGAGGAUCACUUGGAGGACCAAGUCUACACUUCAAAGUGAGAACCAGGAGAAUCCUGAAAGAAGUGAACAAAAGGAGGAAUGCAGCCAGCCACAGGAGGAGGAGGAGGACAUCAUGGACAUCCCACUGGAUGACCCAGAAGCCAAUAAGGCAGCUGCCAAAAUCCAGGCUGGCUUUCGUGGUCAUAUGACCAGGAAGAAGAUGAAACCUGGUGAAAAGCCCAACGAGGAGGUGAGCAGCAGUGGUGAAGCUCUCAACGGCAGCCAGGGGGACACAGGGGGAACAGAUGAAGUAGAGACAGAUGCCACAUCUGGACCAGAGCAGUGAAGAUCUCCUUCUCAGUGUGAACAGAAGAGUGGCUUACAGGACUUUUUGUGUCAAAAAAGUAGUAAAAUUAGGCUGGAAAUCUCAUCUGAUGUGUGAACUCUUUCUCUCUUUUCUGCUUCUUACACAGUCUGGGUGGAAAUCUGCUCCAGCAUGCGAUUGCAUUCCUCAAACAAGCAGCUGUAUUCUUGCUGAUAACGUUUUAUUCAGAUAUUUGUUUGAAUCGAAGAAUGGAUGCCAUAGUAUACAGCAUUCUUAAGUCAGAUAGUCAAGUAGGCUUAAAAUAAUGCAUCAUGGUUGAGUUUUGUCAUUGAUAUUGCUUGAUAUGUUUCUUUGCCGUAAUGGUAUAUUUAAGAUUACCUUCAUUUUACCAUGUAGCCACAAUCAUAAUAAGAUGUGCUUUUGUUAUCAGAACUGACAUAGUUUGUUAUCAUUUGUUUAUAAUUCGUUUAUAAUUGUGUUGACAUGUUUGUUUGGUUUGCUCCCUGUAAAAUACAAGUGGACUUUCACAGUCGGUUUAACAGAUGAAAAAGAAAUCAGAGCUUCCAAAACAGCAUACAUUAUGGCAUGCUAAUAUUGAAUAGAUUUAUUUAUUUUUUCCUUUAAUUACUACAAUUAUUUAUGAAGUCUUUUAUGGUAGUGAUAUCAUUAGAAUUAUAGGAAAUGACUGCAUUUUUUUUAAGUGUGUGACAAAGAUUUAAAGAUUGCUUUAUGAAUGAUAGCUCAGAUCACCUUGCAUGUUGACAUCAGCAUCAUUAAGCUCUGUAUCGGUUGAAAAGUGAAUAAAUGCUCAGAAAUGUUUUUUUUUUUGCCUGCUAGAAAAUGAAUUCAUGCUGUCAGGGGGUGAUCAUUAGUCUUUUGAAGUCUUUGUAUACAGAGAGUAGGAGUUCCUAAAGCUAUUGC